AUGGUAGCUUCACCCUCCGCGGCACGCACUCACUACCAUGAGGAGUUCAACCUCCCAUCCUUCGACGACAACAUCUUUCUCGUGUGGGGCUACGGCUCCAUCCUGUGGAAGCAGGAGUUCGAGUACGAGGCGGAGUACGACACCUACAUCAAAGGGUACAAGCGGGUUUUCUACCAAGGCUCAAAGGACCACCGCGGCACCCCUGAGAGGCCCGGCCGUGUUGUGACGCUGCUGCCCACCGAGGACGACAAGGAGGCCCGCGUCUACGGCAAGGCCUACCAGCUGCCAACAGACCCGGCAAAACUCCGCAGCAUUUUUAAUGCCCUCGACACGCGUGAGCAGGGCGGCUACGAGCGGCUUCUCGUUACUCUCUACGAUGCGCAUCCGACGACGCCCGGCGCGGAGCACGAGCUGAGCCUGCGCGAGCGCGGCGUCGACACGCAGGGCAAAGGCGUGGUGUGCUUGUGCUACAACGGCACGGCGGAGAACAAGGACUACCUCGGCCCUGACACGACGGACGCGAUGGCGCGGCACAUUCUGGGCUGCACCGGGCCGAGUGGACCCAAUCGCGAGUACCUCUUUUUUCUUGCCGACAGCCUCCGUGCGAUGAAAGUGGAUGAUCCGCAUGUGUUUGAGCUCGAGGCCGCUGCGAGGCGGCUUCUCGCCGAAGAAGAGACGAACUAG